AUGCCUUCGUUUCUACCACUGUGGAACAGCAAGACUGAAGGAACGCCUUACAACCCUGGUACCAACUCACCUACUGCCAAUGCCCCAACCGAAGGCCAAUGCACUACCGAAGAGAACGGAAGCCCCGAGAACCAACCACCUCCUGGCCAUGAUUUCGGCAGUGAUGGGUCUCAACCUUUGGUCGACAUCGAAGGGGAAGCACCCCCUCGGGCCACUGGUACAGACGAUAUUUCAGGGCCACUGCCUUCGAUCACCGAUGAUGGUGCUGCAGCUGAACCUCGUGAUGCAGGACAAUGGCCUUUGACGACUUCCUUGAUUGAUGCACUUCCAGAAGUCCAGAGCGAGUCUCCCGCAAAGGAGCACACUUCUGAUUUGGGAAGAACAAGGAGCCAAGUACCUACAUCUGUUCUAUCGGUUAGUUCUGAACCCUCACGCCCCUCUCUGAUCCAUACUGCUCCACGGAUACCGUAUGCGGGACCAGGUCGGCCCGAGGGCCCUGGCCUGUUUGGAUCCUCAAUGAGAGAAGAUAGUUUCUACAGUCAACAGUUUCUGACAAACAAUGUUCAGGCGGCUCAACAGAACCAAAUCCGGCAUCGCCGCGGUGCAGCGGUCCAUAACGUCGAUGCUGGCAACCUAUUUGGAAGACCACGUCCUCAAUUGGAGCGGACUGAUUCUAGCGCGCUUCUCAGUUCGGAGUCAUCGACCCUCUCUGAUUCUUUAAGCGAGAAUGGUGCGACGACUCAAACCCGUGUAGCCGAGGGCGGAGAUGCAUCUAGCCUCCAGGGGCCACAGUAUGAGUCGUCCGAGGUCCUGGCUUCAGGUGCGUCCAGUAUAUACACUGCGACACCCUUGCUGGAGCUCGAUGACACCCAUGUCCGUGAACAUGAAGCUGGCAAUACAUCCUCAUCUCAGGCAGGACAGUUCUGCUCAACUAAGCCCCGGACUACUGGAGCUACGAGGGCUGAAGAUCAAUCAGCAUUGCUAGAUGCUGUGUUCAAGGCCAAGUCCACCUGGCCAGCAUUUGAAUCUACUCCGGCCUAUUCGAAUGACUUGGGCUCUCUUUCCCUACCGGCUGGACUAAGUCAAAGUGAACGGGUGCCAGGUGCGUAUCCGUCCGCAAAUAACCAAAACUCUGAAGAGGAGAGAGGUUCUCUUGAGGAAGAAACUGCCACCAAAGCCCCGGAGAGCGCAGCUAAGCAACAAGAUAUGGAGGCCUCUCCGUUGACCCCUUCUCAUAAUCAGGCCACCAGCAAUCCUUCGGAAUCUUCUCCAAAUGCCUGGUAUAGUGAAACUGAAGAGGGCUCUAAUCCAUACAGUUUCACGGUAACGUGGUACGCUCCAGAAUCGGAGUUGGACUCCGGCAGUCAGUAUUUCGAUACUCACAGUACCCUUGCUCGAUCCUUGCCACAAAGCGAUCCUGGAACGCACGCACCUUUGCUGGGCACUGCAGCUCUUAGUCAGUCGAGCCCCCCAAGACCAGGGAGCCCUGACUGUGAGGAGACGGCCGAAGGUGCCUCUGAAAGCCUUUCAAGCAAGCUGGACAAAGGCAAGAGCACGGUAGCGGUUCGAGACGACGACGAAUUGAGUAUCGACGCGAGCGAUCCAGCUGAGUCUCAUCGCGACAAGGUGACACUCACAAACAAAGCGUAUGUGGAAGACGAUGCUCCUAGCGUCAUAGAUGAGUCUGAUGUCUGGUCCGUGGGCGAAGACGAGGACGGGAUGAUCUUCCACCCCCGAGAACCGAUUGAUCGUGUCGAGCUUCUUCAACGCUAUGAAAGGGGGACCAUCGGAAUUAGCCCAGACUUGAGAAUGCUUAUGAGGUCAGUAACUAGCUUCAUUGUCGGUAGUCUCCGAACUAUAUGGUCACGGUUCAUGCCUGACAAACUCCGAUGCUUUGGCCAUUACGACCCAGGGGAGGAAAGACAUCACACCGAUCACCCUGCCAUGCAUAACUGGUCAAUACUUUGCGAGGAUAUCUACUAUAACUUGAAUAUGAUAAUGGCCUAUGUAUCGGAGAGUUCCAACUUUUUGAGACCGAUUUUCUCCGGACGGAUAAGAGGGUUAAGGGUUUGGCUCUUAAUCUUUGUCCUGCCUGGAAUGCCGGUCGUCUUCUCUGACAGUAAUGGCAAACGCACUCGUCUACCGGAACCUAGACUAGUAAAACACUGUGUCAACAUUCUCAUAUUCAUAUGCAAAACGGUGACCGCUGUUACUGAUGUCAUCAUGGGAGGCUACUGA